CUCAGACUCGCAGGUGAGACAAAGGUACCAUGCGCGUGUGUACGAGUAAAUGUGUGUGUGUGUGUGUGAUACUGAUGUGCUGGUAAUCUAAACAGGUAACAUGCAAGCCGACGGUUGGAGAGGGCUGUACUCCUUGUUCACUGGCCAUGAGCCGACCCAGGAGUUCCUGGAGCCUUACAUGGCGUCCAUUCUCUACUUCACAAUCAACAUGGCCACUGGAGUCAUCUUGAGGGCCCUCUCGGCUGCCUUUUUGCCUCCUUCCAUUCGAGGGUUGGCAAUGGACUUUGUCUCUACAAUGGAAACGUGUGCUUACUUCUUUGAGAACAAUUUCGUCCUAAAGCACUAUGGGGGCUUGUGGUUCGCCAUUGUCAUCGUGAUCCAGUGUUUCGUGUGUUCCAGAACAUUCGGAGAGUCCAGUGAGAACCCGGUCAAGGCCUUGCACCAGUUGCUCCACAAGGAGAUCCCCCUAACCACGGCUCUCCUCAAGAUCUUUGUCCAGUCUCUGGCCGGCCUCGCGUCCUAUCGCUUUGCAAAGUUGAUCUGGUCUCUAGAUCUGAUAGAGGACCAUCACGAGAGGUAUUACGAAACUGAAUGUGAGAGUGACCUUCACGUGGCCCUGCUGGUGGGCUUCCUAUUAGAGCUGGGGGCUUGUUUGUCAGAAACGUGGCUGGGUUUGCAGACGGUCUCCGCCAUUCCUAUUGUUGACGAACUGAUCAAGUAUGUCAACGCCGCUACUAUGAUCACAUUAGGCUUCUCCUUCACUGGAAUGUAUUUUAACCCAGCCAUGGCCAGUGGACACACCCUGGGCUGUGAGGGCACUGCCCUGCCGGAACACUUCUUCGUGUACUGGGUUGGCCCGUUCAUCGGCUGCCUCGUGGGACUCCAACUGAACAAGCUGCUCCACAUUGACGUCACGGAGAGCAAGGGAGAUAAGCAGAAGAAAACGAAAUAAUGUGCCCGGAAAAUUAACCCAAAAAAAAUGGCGUUUAAUUUCAGCCUGUAAUUAGUUGUGAGAACCUGUGACAUCGUUGAACAAAUCUCUUUACCUUCCUCUGAUAGAAACAGAUAAAAAUAUCUGAAACUUUUAUUAUUUUAAUUAGUGUAUUUUCGUGAUGAGGCAUCGUCGUCUGCCAUUUUGCUAAACGCAACUUACCUCCCCCUUUUUUUUUUAUUCAUUUCAUUUGUUAUAUAGACACAUUUCGUAAUUCCAUGUUGUAGAACAUUCACCCUAUUCUUUUCCCAACAGAAUUGAGAAAUAAAUGUCUCUUUAAUUUUUUAAAA